AAGCGUUGUCAUUUCCGACACACUUCUUUCUUUCUUUCUAUAAACCCUUUUUUAUUCCACCUUACCAAUGCGAGUAUUUAUAACUCUAGCUCGUACCGGCAACUUGGAAUAAUAGAGCUUGAACUCGGAGAGCCAGUCAAGCUCUAGGGAUAUGCAAUUGCAAUGGCGAAAACAUCCAAAACCAGCACGGCAGCAGGGCAGAAGAACAAAAGGACAAGCCUUGUCCUGUCCUGUGUAACCACCACGUUAUGCUCCGGAGAUCAAACUCAGAUGACGCCCGCCACGCACAUGUGCAGCACGAGACCGGUCACUGACGACUCCGGCCGGCCGGCGUCCACCGCUAGCUAGCUAGUCUUUGGUCGUCUGCUCGUCGCUUACAAGUUGCCUGCCGCUGCUGUAGCUGUAGCCGCCGGCCAGUCGCUGUUGUAGGUAAUUCGUCAACGAAGAACGGAGUAAAUAAGGCAGACUACUAGCAAACCACACCACAGUCAUUAAAAGAACCGAGUAUCAAUCUCGAUCUCGCUCGUAGUCCACAGACCCUGGCUCCUGGAUCAGCGAUGCCCUCCUUCCUCGUAGUAGCCUUCUUCGUCCUCCUCUGCCUCGGCCUCAACAACCUUCCGGCGCUCGGUGACGCCGGCGGCGGCAACGAGUACUCCUUCGUCUACUCUGGCUUCGGCGGCGCGACCGGUGCCAGCCUCGUCCUUGACGGCACGGCCACGGUCACCCGGGAAGGCGUCCUCAAGCUGACGAACGACGAGCAGGCCAACCUGAAAGGCCACGCGUUCCACCCGACUCCAGUCCAGUUCAGGGACUCCUCCUCCUCCUCCUCGCCCAAUAAUGGCACGGCGGCGGUGCGGUCCUUCUCCGCCACCUUCGUCUUCGCCAUCAUCUCCGCCUCCACCUACUGGAGCAGCGACGGCAUGGCCUUCGUCGUCUCCCCGGGGAAGGACCUCUCGGGCGCGUCGUCCGCGCAGUACCUGGGCUUGCUCAACAGCACGAGCGACGGCCCCGGCGCCGCCGCCAGCAACCACGUGCUCGCCGUGGAGCUCGACACGGUGAUGAACGUGGAGUUCCAGGACAUCGACAACAACCACGUCGGCGUCGACGUCAACACCCUCUCCUCCGUCCACUCUCGCGCCGCUGCCUUCUACGACGACGACACGGAAGGAGGAGGAGGAGGUGCGUGGAAGAACUUGACGCUCAGCAGCGGCGACGCCAUGCAGGUCUGGAUAGACUACGACGGGGAGGCCAAGCAGCUCAACGUGACGCUGGCUCCCAUCGCCACGAGAGGGGUGAAGCCAUCGCGGCCGCUGCUCUCCAACGUCACCGACCUCUCCGCCGUGCUCGCUGCCCAAGCGUCGUACGUCGGCUUCUCCGCCGCGACGGGGCCCAUCCCUUCCCAGCACUGCGUGCUCGCCUGGAGCUUCGCGGUGGACGGCCCGGCUCCGCCCAUCGACUUCAGCAAGGUCCCGAAGCUGCCCGACGACACCGCCGGCCGCCGCGAGGCUCUGGUCAGGGAGCUGGAGAUCGCGCUGCCGGUGGCGGCGUUCGUCUUGGUCCUCGCCACCUGCGUCACCGUCGUCCUGCUGGUCCGGAGGCACCUGACGUACGCCGAGCUGCGAGAGGACUGGGAGGUCGAGUUCGGCCCGCACCGGUUCGCGUACCGGGAGCUGUUCCGCGCGACGGACGGGUUCAAGAGCAAGCACCUGCUCGGCGCCGGCGGGUUCGGCAAGGUGUUCAAGGGGGUGCUGUCCAAGUCCGGCACGGAGGUCGCCGUGAAGCGGGUGUCCCACGACUCCACGCAGGGGCUCAGGGAGUUCAUCUCCGAGGUCGUCAGCAUCGGCCACCUCCGCCACCGCAACCUCGUGCAGCUGCUGGGCUACUGCCGGAGGAAGGGCGAGCUGCUGCUGGUCUACGACUACAUGCCCAACGGCAGCCUCGACAAGCACCUGCACGGCGAGGACGGCAAGCCGCUGCUGGAGUGGGCGCAGCGGUUCCAGAUCGUCAAGGACGUGGCGUCCGGCCUCUUCUACCUCCACGAGAAGUGGGAGCAGGUGGUCGUCCACCGCGACGUCAAGGCCAGCAACGUGCUCCUCGACGGCGGCAUGGUGGCCCACCUGGGCGACUUCGGCCUCGCCAGGCUGUACGACCACGGCGCCGACCUGCAGACCACGCACGUGGUCGGCACCACGGGGUACAUGGCGCCGGAGCUCUCCAGGACCGGCAAGGCGUCCCCGCUCACCGACGUCUUCGCCUUCGGCACCUUCCUGCUCGAGGUCACCUGCGGCCGCCGGCCGGUCGUCGACACCGUGCGCCACGGCCGCAAGAUGCUGGUCGACCGGGUGCUGGAGUACUGGCGCAGGGGCUCCAUCGAGGAGACCGUGGACUCCAGGCUGCGCGGCGACUACAACCUCGACGAGGCCAGGAUGGUGCUCACGCUCGGGCUCAUGUGCUCCCACCCGUUCCCGGCCGAGAGGCCUACCAUGAGGCAGGUCAUGCAGUACCUCGACGGCGACGCGCCGCUGCCGGAGCUCACGCCGGCGGGCAUCAGCUUGCUCAGCCUCAUGCAGAGCCAGACGUCGUUCGACCAGUCUGCUCUGCAGUACCCGUGGUCGGGGACCAGCAUGGGCACCAUGACGUCGGGCAUCUCCGUUGGAAGAUGACACUAGUGUGUAAUAAUCUGUAUUAUAUCGGUUGUUGUUGGUUCCUUGUAGUGUAUUUGACCACUCUUGUGAACCCAAUCCCACAUGGGAGGAUUCAUCUUCUUGUACAUAAAUUCACGAGAAAUAUUGUGGUUUGCCAUUUAUAUAUUUUUCGUCACA